GUCGCCGUUCUUUCCAUCUCGUCGCCGUCGUCGUCGAUGCACUCCCUCCUGGCAUGAUAAUACUCGACGAAGAAGACCAGCAGAAGUUGAAGGAUGAUUCCGCCACUGGUCCGACUUUGCGUUUCCCAGAACGCGUGGCAGGCGGCAGACGUCCAUUCAGUCCCCUUCCCGACUACGAGACGUCUCAGGCCUUGGCCCUCAACCUCAAUCGCUCCCCAUCUCCGUCCCCAGAAUCUCUCCGCAAACCUCCUGUGAAAAAACGUUUUGAUGCUCGGUUCUGGAAAGCCACUCUCUGCGCUUUAACCAUCUACAUUACCCUCUCCAUCGUCAUCGGCAUUCCCCUAAUAGUCACUAAAACCCGCAACGAUAACACCAACACCAUCCAGUCCUAUUCCCUAUCUUCUCUCUCAUACCCCGUUCCAUGGCAGGAUAAAAACUCAAAUCCUGCAUACACAAACAACAUUGUCGGUGUCGUCCAGAGCGGCUACACCCCAGUCUGCAGUAACUGGACAUCAUCCAACGCUAUCGGCUACACAGACAUUAUACUGUCAACCGUCCAGUACAACGUUUCAGCUAAUGGAGACUACAGUUUCUCCACCAACGCUUCUUAUAACCAGGAUUUCGACUUCAUCAGUGGCGACCUUAUCGUUGACAUGAAUCCCGACAAUACCACAGACAGUGCUGUCCUUCUGAUCACCAUGCAGGCAUCGAGUAGUAUCAUAAACAACCAGACGCUUGUCUGUGUGAUCGCAGCCGAUAACUAUACUGAUCUUUCCGUCUAUGUUCCCGGCAACGUCACCGACACUGAUUCUCUCAUGUUGAAUUUCACUUUGCUCUUCCCUCAGACAAUCGGCCCUGCCUACGUCAACAGUUUUUCCACAUUUCUGCCGAUGUUUCUUCAGAAAUUCGGCAAUUUGGGCCCUAAUGUCAAUUUCCAGCAAGUUGAUAUAGAAGGUCCUCUAUCGGAAGUUUCUGUUGGUUCAAUGCAAGCAGAAUCGAUACUAGUUGAAACUUCACUAGAACCAAUAACUGGUCAGUUUGAUGUUACGAGUGGUCUGACUUUAAGCACCAUUAAAGCCCCUAUUGAUGCCAACAUCUCCCUCUAUAACGACCCCAAAUCAGAGUAUCCUACUCUGCUUGCUCUCAGCACUGGAUACGAUAAUAUCACUGCAAAUGUGACAUUGCUUGCCCCAAAUAAAGUGACACCAACUCGGCCAAAUUUCAUUGCCACCAUGCGCACUUUUAAGGGCGCACUCAAUGCAGCCAUCUCUCACGAUCCUUCAUCACCGCCAACAGUACUGAGGCUGCGUGCGCAGAAUGACCUUGGUCCAUCGAAUGUGACUCUUGAUCGGAAGUAUCAGGGGACGUUUGAUGUGCGGACGAAGCUAGCCACAGCGACGGUUGCGGAAGGCGCAGAUCCGCCUGCUUCAUCUGGCGGAGCUAGCCCGCGUGAGUAUCAAUUUGAUUUCAUCUCUGGGUAUCGGGUAUAUGGAUGGGUGGGGUGGGGUCAACGACCGGUUUAUUGGGACUAUGACCAACAGGGUGAAGCGGUAGUGGAGAGUCUCACUCGACAACGUGACGCUGUCGAUGGAUGGUGCUGGGCUUGAGUGAACUGACAGAGACUUGGAUUAAUCUUGUGGAUAUACAUUCUGUGCAUACACGUUCGUCGUUCUGUCCAAGUUUUUACAGGUCAUUCUUUUUUUCGGCAGAGGUCUACUUUGACUUUGCAUGGCAUUUGUAAUAUUAUUAUUUGCAACCCACUGUACUACCAUAGGGAGGUUAUGGUAAUUUGCUAUAGAUGGACUAUUUUCGCUCUUU